CGCCCUUGUGCUGACACGGCCACCGCCUCUACGGCAUCUUUUUCGAUCCUUGUUUGGAUUUUACUCUCACUCUUUUUCGCUUAUACUCUCUUUUUCUCUUUAUCGACGCGAGCGUCGCUUUACCUUCUGUUUGAAUCACUCGACUGACACCCGUCCGCUGUGUCCCUUCAUUCCACGACAGCCCGAAAGGCACAUCCGCGUUGAAAAUCCGAAUCAUUCGUAUUCAGCUGCAGGAGCUCCAUUAAUAGAUUCAAUCGUUUCUCAGUCAACCGACAGACGCGCGUUGUGAACCAUCUACUCACUCAGCUCAUGCGACGGAGCAACACCACUCUCUUGGAAUACCCCUCGAACUUAUCUCGAUAGCUACCACACCUAUCUUGACGAGCUUGCCGAAACAUUCAUUAUUCGAUACUCACAUCAUCAUUUACUCGACUUCAUAAAAACCGCCACAAUGCCCUCUAUCGAUGAGGCCAUGGCCCGGAGUCUCCGGGCAAGCGACUGGGAGAUCGUCAAGGACAAGGUCAUUCGAAGCCUUGCCGCGGGUCUGGUGCGGCGACAAGAGGUUGGCAACGCUGCAGUCGCCGACGCCGCACAAAAAGUUGAUGAUUUUGCGACCGCCUUCUCAAGCUGGGACAACUGCAUGACCGUGCCCUGGUGCAACUGCUUCCAAUGCCUCCAGUGCUGCGGCAACUGCUGCGGCGCUUGCGAUCCUCCUGGCGGCCGCAAAAUCAAGCAUCUCGACGACCCUUACGCUCCCCAGAACCAGCACCACGGAUACCGAUCAGAGCCUCCUAUGAACCCCUCGACUAUGAACUCGACUGCGCCCCAGUUUGCGCCUGCACCCAAGUCCUCUCACUCCGAGCCACCCCAGUACGCCGAGUUCGAAAUGUCCAAGCCGCGAAACGAUGAUGCCCUCCCCGAAAUGCCCAGCUGGGACGAGGCCAGCAACAAGAAGGUCAUGGUUCAUGAGGAAGCUGUCGAGCUGGACUCGCUUGCCAAGAAGCCAGCUACAGGCCAGCAGGUGGGCGUCAUGAACAACGGGUCAGGCCGGUUGGACCCAUACAGCCAACCGACCAACAACUCAAACGGUUACUUGGCCCAUAACCAGGCCCAGGAUGCCUACUCGCCCAUUGAUCAUCAGGCAUACAAUUACAACUCGAUUGGUGGAAAUGGUUACUCAGACCAGGCAUUUGAAGCCCCCACUGGUAAUGAACGAUAUGGCCAGGGCCAAGGAUAUGGUCAGAUGCAAGGCUAUGGCCAGUCUUCAGUUCAGAAUGAUCACGCAAACUAUGGUGGAUAUCGAGGUGGUCCUUCGCCAGCUCCCCAGGGCUUCGGCGCGAGACAAGCUCCUCAGGACGACUUUAACGGAUAUCGCCAAUCUCCCGCUCCCCAAAACGACUACGCCUACGCCCAGCCUGCUCGUCAGUCCCCCGCUCCUCAGCAUGACUACGGUUACGGCCAGCAAUCUCAUACCCCAGCCCCCGAGACACACUAUGGCUCCCACCCUGUCCCCCAGCGACAGUACCCCCAGGAGCCCCAGUCCCCCAUCAACAACAACUCCGGAUUUGACUUCAACUCGGGCUUUGCACGACCACAGCGCUCACCUACAUAUGAGGCGUACCCAGGUGCCAAGCCAUACCAGUUUUAA